AUGUCUGGUCAUAAGAAAGUUAGUCUCAGCGAAAAAGAAGCUGAGGUGCUUGCCACGGCCUGGAAUUGCUUCAAGACUCCCCCCGAAAAUGAUGUCCCAACACAUGCUCAUUCACAGGUUGAUUUUGAGAAGCUUGCCGAGCUCACGGACUACGCCAACCCCAGAAGCGUGCAGAAUCUCAUCGGUGUCUGCGCGCGGGCCAAAACUACUCCAGGCUCACGCAAGCGCAAGGUUACCAAUAACGAUGAGGAUGGCGGUAGUGAUUUCAUCGCCUCUACUCCGAGCAAGCGCGGUCGCGGCAUGAAGCGAACUCUCACCAAGCAGAUCGUCAAUAAUGACGAUUCCGAGUCUGAUAGGAAGGAUAUCGCGAAGAAAGAUGUCGACCUCAAGGAGGAAACCGUCGAGGGCGUCGUGGAUUAA